AUGUUCGCAAGAGGUGUGGUCGUCACAGGCGCGGAGGGGUGCUCGCAGUCGCUGCGGUGCCAGCGCCCCGAGGUGAGCGUGAGCGCCGUCGUGCUCGCAGGCAGAGUGGUGGCCGCAAGUAGCGCGGCGCUCACAGUGGAAUGCCUGGUGGACGAGCCAGAGCUUCCCAUCGCAGUCGGCUCUUGUGCGAAGGGUAGUGUUCAGUCUGCCUCGCUGCGGGUGCUCACAGGCUUGCCGCUCCUGCUCCGGGGCCCCGUGCUCGCCUCCGCCUUCAGCAACCGCGGCUGCGACAACAUCGCGGGGCAGAUGCACGCUCUGGGGGUCAGGGUGCUAAGGAUGGGCCUCUGCCCCGAGAAGGAGCCUUACUCCCUCGAGACGCGCCUCCAGGAGAUCGGCAAGAAGAAGAGCGACAGAGGGCUCGGCAUGGCUGGCACGGCAUGA